CCGCGCUCUCUCCCGUUCUCGCCGCAGCCCCGGCCCCCCCCCCGCCAUGCCGAACAUCGUGCUGUUCAGCGGCAGCUCCCACCACGACCUGUCCCAGCGGGUGGCGGACCGGCUGGGGCUGGAGCUGGGCAAGGUGGUCACCAAGAAGUUCAGCAACCAGGAGACCAGUGUAGAAAUUGGUGAAAGUGUGAGAGGAGAAGAUGUGUAUAUCAUCCAGAGUGGCUGUGGAGAAAUAAAUGACAACUUAAUGGAACUGCUCAUCAUGAUCAAUGCUUGCAAGAUUGCAUCAUCCUCCAGAGUGACUGCCGUAAUUCCGUGUUUUCCGUAUGCCAGACAAGAUAAGAAAGACAAGAAGGGGUCCGUGGAGCGUUGGAGUCGUGCUCCAAUUUCUGCAAAACUUGUUGCCAACAUGCUGUCAGUUGCAGGGGCUGACCACAUCAUCACCAUGGACUUGCAUGCCUCUCAGAUCCAGGGUUUCUUUGACAUUCCAGUAGAUAACCUGUAUGCAGAACCUGCGGUGCUGCAGUGGAUUAAAGAGAACAUUUUGGAGUGGAGAAACUGUAUCAUAGUCUCACCUGAUGCAGGUGGUGCAAAAAGGGUUACUUCAAUUGCUGACAGACUGAAUGUGGAAUUUGCUCUCAUUCAUAAAGAAAGAAAGAAGGCAAAUGAAGUGGACAGAAUGGUCUUGGUUGGUGAUGUGAAAGACAGAGUGGCAAUUCUUGUUGAUGAUAUGGCUGACACAUGUGGCACAAUAUGUCAUGCAGCAGACAAGUUAGUAUCUGCUGGAGCUACUAAAGUUUAUGCCAUUCUUACUCAUGGCAUCUUUUCUGGUCCUGCUAUUUCUCGGAUUAAUAAUGCAUCAUUUGAGGCGGUUGUGGUAACUAAUACAAUCCCCCAGGAAGAGAAAAUGAAACACUGCCCAAAAAUUCAGUUUAUUGACAUUUCCAUGAUCCUGGCUGAGGCAAUUCGAAGAACACACAAUGGUGAAUCUGUGUCUUACCUGUUCAGCCAUGUCCCCUUGUAACUGCAGGAGAUUGCAUUGCAUCUUUGCAAAGAUCCCUUCAGCUAGCACUGUUUUUAACAAUGCAUCUCAACCACAAGAAAUUAGUAUCUUUGUACAAUUCCAGAGCUUUUAUGUUUAAUUAUUAUAUUUGUCUUGUAAUUACCAUUUGUUGUUUGUAAGUGGGCAAUAAAUCUCAGUCUUGCAGAAACUUUGUGAAUUCCCCUGAGAGUCUGGAAGUCUUGUGUUGCCUAAUUUCUUUUAUGUGCCCAUCCUCACUUUCUGCUAAACUUCUGCUUCAGAUCUGUUCUAUACAGAACUGCAAACUGUGCAUAGAGCUUCAUGAGUUGUAUGUUAGAUCAUAUUCUUUGUUAAACUAAAUGCUGCAAGCUUCAGUAUCUUUACCUGCUAAUCUCUCAGGCAAGCAGAUGCUGGGUUUUGUGUUAUGUUUAACUACAAUGAAUAAUAUUUUAUAAGUCCUAACAGAAUGUAAACUUCAUGUUAAUUUUAAGGAACUGUUGACAUAUCCAUAGUACUGAGUUUCAUACACUUCACAUUCUUUUUUCCACAUGAUAUGUGGCUGCUAUUUUCUUUUGUAAAGCUCUCAUUACAUUAAAUCAUUUGCUCAACAUCUAUUCUGUGCAGUUACUGUCUUCAGUUGUAAGAUUAAUGUUUCAGUAUUCCUGGGAUAAUUAAUUUUGUGUUUCAAUAAUAAGGACCAAUUAAUAAUGAGCAGUUUGGUUUAAAUUUCAGUUCUUCCCCAUAACUUUUUGACAUUCCAUGAUUGUGAUCGUAUGAAUUAUUUUGUUGCAGAUUUCCUGUUAGUAUUGUAAAGCUUCACUACACAAAGUCCAAACAGCAAGUUUAAACACCCUUAUACAAGCUGGUCUCUACCUACAUUUACUUGAUUAAAAAGUCUUUGAAAAUA